CAAACGUAUGGCAACCCUAGCAAGUUUGCAAAGGGAUAUGGGUAAUCAUAUUUUAUCUCCACUAGCAAUGUAUAAAUAUUGCAAUGAAAACAUUAAAGGCAUAAAUAUCAUUUAUAUUUCAUCAGAAGAUUUAACUUUGGGGAGAACCGCCCUUAAAGAACGAUUGGAUACUGCUAAUACAAUAAUUGGAACACGUAGUUACCAUCAGUUUGUACCACUUGGCCAUCAAAAGGUAGGCACUAAGCUAUGCAGUGUUGAUGAAGAAAUUGCUUUAAUUCAUGACUUUGGAAAUAUCCAGAUAACAAACUGUAAACCUAGUACCUGGUGAUUAUGCCUGUGUUAACUAUGAGCAAAAGUGGUGGAU